AUGGAAAAUUCUAUACAAAAUAAAGUUUCACAAUUUUUGUGUGAUGUAUCAUAUGGAGGGUUUCAAGAGUUUGAUCAGCAAGCUCUUGGAAUACAGUACAAUAAAGCUUCUGAUUAUGUCAAAAAAGACUUGAAAGAUGUAAAUUGUUUAGUCUUACUCCGAAACCAUAAAAGAAAAUAUUGGGGCAUCAAAGCAAUUGACCUUGAGAUCAUUUAA